CUUGAUGUAUAUAGAUCAAGAGUUGGUUAUUCAGUUGAAUCGUGAGGCUUUAUUUUAUUCAACCUACAAAGAGUGAUUACAUACUUUGAAUAUGAGUUUGUGGGUUGAUAAGUAUCGUCCCACUAGUUUGGGAAAACUUGAUUAUCAUAUUGAACAAGCGACACGUCUUGUGAACAUGGUACAACAAGGAGAUUUUCCACAUUUAUUAGUAUAUGGACCUCCAGGAGCUGGAAAAAGAACACGGAUAAUGGGAAUAAUUAAAGAAUUAUACGGCAGUGGUGCUGAGAAACUACGAAUGGAAAGCAUGAAUUUCGAGACUCCUUCUCGAAAAAAACUUGAAAUAAUGACUAUCAGCAGUAAUUAUCAUAUCGAAGUUAAUCCGAGUGAUGUGGGCAUGUAUGAUAGGGUUGUUGUCAUGGACCUCAUAAAAACUGUAGCCCAAACACAUCAGCUAGAUGCAACGGGCCAAAGAGAGUUUAAAAUUAUUCUGCUAACGAAUGUUGAUCAAUUAACAAAAGAUGCACAACACGCAUUACGCCGGACAAUGGAAAAAUAUAUGGCCACUUGCAGAAUAAUACUGUGCGCCAAUUCAACUUCACGUGUCCUACCAGCUAUCCGAUCACGUUGUUUGGGCAUAAGAAUACCAGCACCAAAGAUCAAUGAAAUUACAACUAUUCUGGAGUCAAUCUGUAAACGCGAGGGACUCACUAUACCACAUGAAUUAGCAAUCAGAAUUGCUGAAGCCAGUGAAAGAAAUUUGAGAAGAGCUAUUUUAAUGCUUGAGGCCUGCAAAGUUCAACAAUAUCCCUUCACUGCAAACCAAAAUAUUGCCGAACUUGACUGGCAAGUCUAUAUUCAGAACACUGCUAAGUUAAUAAUAGCAGAGCAGUCACCUAAAAAACUGUUAGAAGUUCGCGGUAGACUGUAUGAUUUACUGACACAUUGCAUACCUUGUGAUUUGAUUUUCAAAGGGCUGCUGCAAGAAUUAGUAAAAAAUUGUGAUCUUGAGCUUAAAACUCAAAUAGCCACUACCGCUGCAGAGUAUGAGCACAGAAUGCAUCAUGGAUCAAAAGCUAUAUUCCAUUUAGAAGCAUUUGUAGCAAGGUUUAUGGCAAUAUACAAAAAAUUCAUGGAAACCUCACUCGGAGAUUUCAUGUAAUAAACACUGAUAGGCAUUAAUGUG